CAACUCAUUAUCCAAUAUGGGGACACCUCAUUUGUCCCCCCUAUUAGCCCCAUAUUUUGGAUCUUUGUAGCAAAACUCGGAAGAAAAAUAGGGGUGGGUCCCACCGCCUUUUCUUUCCCUUGCGCGAUGCGUACCACCCCUAUUUCUCUCCCUUGCAUGAUGCGUACGCCAUGGGAGGCUGCCAGACAAAUAGCAUUUUUGCUAGUAAAGAUAGUAAAAAGCAACGUAAGCUCUUCUAGUUUUGGCCCACAGAGUCCAAAAUAAAUGACGUCACCUCUCCCCGUCCCAUCGCUAUUAAUAACCCUAAGGCAAAUCCGUCGUCUACUAUUCCCCAUGCGUGGCUUUGAUUAGCACCCAUCGCCCCUAAACAUGCCACUCCGUAGUUUCCUCUAAGCUCGACCUACACUUCCAAUUCUACCCCUCCUCUUCCGUCCCGCCUUCCAACCAGGCAUCACCAACUUACAGCCUGUCAUCAGAAUCCCCCUCUCCCACUAUAAAAACCAUCUCCCCCCUUUCACAUCCCCACCAAACAUUCAAGCCAAGACGAAUCAUAACGAGCGCAAAAUAUCCAAAAUCGAAAUAAAACAUAAAAAAUAGUUCUUUACCUGGAAAAAAAUGGGAGGCUGUGCAUCUUGCGAGGCGACGGCGGUGGGCCCGGCGGCGACGGGGAAGCUGAUCCUCGCCUCCGGCGACCUCCAAGAAUUCGAUCGUCCAAUUAGGGUUUCGAGCAUUAUCGAGAAGAACUCUGAGUGGUUCAUCUGCGACGCCGACGAGAUGGAGUUCGACGGAUUCAUCUCAGCCGUCGGAUCUGACGAUGAGUUGAAUCCAGGCCAGAUCUACUUCGUUUUGCCGAGAUCGAUGCUUAAGAAACCUCUUCACGCUGAAGAGCUCGCAGCGCUUGCAGUUAAAGCGAGCGCAGCGUUGAUGAAUGGACGGCCGUUAGUUUUUGGCGUUGGAGAGAAGAAGGAGAUGUUGAAGACGGUGACGGAGAUGAGACGGAGAUCGAAGAGGGCCUCAAGUGGCAGAGGCCGUAAUUUUGUGACGGAUCUGUGUGUGAUUCAAGAGUGAGAUGAAAUGGAUGAAGUCGAAGCGAAACUCUCGUUUUGUUGAGAAGAAUGGAGAAUAUUCCAUGAGAUCGCCGGUCCGUUGAUCCGCGGACGAGUCGAGGUUAAAAAGAGAGGGAAAAAGGAUAUUUAUGAAACUUUUUGUUGUUCCGCGAGGCACCGGAACGAGAUUGAUUGCGUUAUUUUUUUGUAUAUAAAAAACAAUAGAAAUGUACAGUGAGAACAAUAUGGAACUGUUUUGGGCGCACCUUGAUCGUUUUUGCUAGGAGUUACUGUCAUGGUUAUGAUGAUGAUAAUACGUGAUGUGCUGAGCUCUUUUUCUUUU